AGGCGUGUUUGGUUUAGUCUUCAGCUCUUAAAGCUUCUCUUCUUACGCUGCAGGAAUAAAACCUGAUUUCUCUGCAGGUUUGUCUCUAAUCUGAGAUUUUCUGCCAGAUUAGACCUGACAUAGAACAGUUACGGGAAAAGGUCAAACGUCUGCAUCCAUUCUGUCAUUUUGAGCUAAAUCAACUUGGAUUCAGUUAAAUUUGUCAGAGCCAACUGUUCUCUUCACAGACGUUUAAUGAGGGCUUCUGUUUGUUCUGCUUUUAGUCUGGAAACAAGCCCACAGAGCUCCAGCCCUUCAGAAUAAAAGCCUAGCCUUAGAAGACUUCCAUCAUUCUGCUCUCAAAGGAAUAUUUAGGAUUUUUCAGGAAUCCACUUUUCCUCUUUAGUUGGAUUAAACCUUAAAUCAAUACAUUUCCUAAACCCUGGUGUCCUCUGGGAGGAAAUGAUGAGUUUCUCCUGUUGUUUGGGGAUCUGAUGGUGUUAAUCCACCUCAGAUUGUAGACUAUAAUCCACAUGGGGCUCACCUGAAACCAGUUCAGGGUUUUCUGGGUUCAGCUGCACAUUCCACCCCGAUGACCAGCAGGAUGUGUUCACAGCGCUGCGAGGGAAAUGGCCUCAGCAUCGAUCGUUUUCGUCUCUCGCUGCCUGUGAGCGCUGAGCGAAUCGGGACAGCUGGGAUCAGUCACUCUGCUCCAGAGUCUGAACCUCUCAGGAUGUUGGAGAGCAGCCGGUAGGACCCGAGUCCGCAGCAACGAGGUUUCAUUUCCAAGUGGAGGAUGAAAGCACCUUCACAGUGAAAAAUGGGAGACUGGAAUUUCCUCGGAGGGAUCUUGGAGGAGGUGCACAUCCACUCCACCAUGGUCGGCAAGAUCUGGCUGACCAUACUGUUCAUAUUCCGGAUGUUGGUGCUGGGCGUCGCUGCGGAGGACGUCUGGAACGAUGAGCAGUCCGACUUUGUCUGCAACACCGAGCAACCUGGCUGCCGCAAUGUUUGCUACGACCAGGCCUUCCCCAUCUCCCUGAUCCGCUACUGGGUGCUUCAGGUGAUUUUUGUGUCCUCGCCCUCCUUAGUGUACAUGGGUCAUGCCAUCUACCAGCUGCGUGCUUUGGAGAAGGAGCGCCACUGCAAGAAGGUGGCUCUCCGACGGGAGCUGGAGGCAGUGGAUGCAGAGAUGGUGGAGGUGAAGAGAAGGAUCGAGAAGGAGAUGAGGCAGCUGGAGCAGGGGAAGCUCAACAAAGCACCGCUUAGGGGCUCGCUGCUGUGCACCUACAUGGCUCACAUCGUCACUCGCUCCGUGGUGGAGGUUAGCUUCAUGAUGGGUCAGUACAUCCUCUACGGACACCGUCUAAACACUCUGUACAAGUGCGAACGGGAGCCGUGUCCCAAUAUGGUGGACUGCUUUGUCUCCAGGCCAACAGAGAAAACUGUCUUCAUGAUGUUCAUGCAAGUCAUCGCCUGCAUCUCCCUGUUCCUCAGCCUGCUGGAGAUCAUGCACCUGGGCUUCAAGAAGAUAAAGAGGGCCAUACUGAACUUCUACCCCCACCUCAAGGACGACCUUGAUGAUUAUUACGUCAACAAGUCUAAAAAGAACUCGGUUGUCCAUCAGGUGUGUGUGGGGACGUCAGUGGGACGUAAGACCACCAUUCCCACAGCUCCCAGUGGAUACACACUGCUGCUGGAGAAGCAGGGCAACGGACCAAACUACCCCCUCCUCAGUGCCUCCUCCGCCUUUGUCCCAAUACAGGGAGACCCCGGGGCCGUCCCAGACAGCCGCAAAGACGUCAAAGAGGGGGUUCCGAGCCCGACGGAGCAGAACAGCAACUCCAACAACACCAGCAGUGAGACACGUUCACCUCCUGUGGACAAGCAGGACGAGCCUGAGGAGCACUCUUCCUCCCACCACGAAGAUCUGGAGUGUGGGAGCUCGGAGUACCCCACCCUCUCUGUGGCAGACACCUCCACCUGCACCACGCUGUCAGCCGUCGCCAGGAAGUCCCGGAAGCCCAGCCCGUCGUGGAACUGCUCCACGGUGAUGGAGGGGAACUGCUCAGACAGCGGAGACUCCUACCACGGAAACAGCAGCAUGAAGCUCCGCAGCGGCUGCGCCGGGCCAAGAGCCAGGGUGCUCUCCAAGUCGGACUCAAAGAGGCCGAGUGGAUCCCAGAGCCCGGACUCCGUGGGGGAGCUGAGCUCCAUGUCUCGACACAGCCGGGAGAGCAACAGCCCCACCACCUCCUCCCCAAACCGAAGAGCGUCGGCGGCGAGCAGCGGCAGCAGCAGACGAGCCCCGACGGACUUACAGAUCUGAACCCGUUAAGUCCUGAUCCGGUUCUGGUGUCGUGUUUCCAAACGCAGCCAGACUUGGAUCAGUGGCUCUCCAGACUUCCUGAGGAGUCUCUCUUUGAACUCUGGCUGAUUUUUCUCUUAGUGUCAGUUUUUAUCGGAGAAUCUUUUUAACCUCUGAUGAAAAGUGUUCCUGAUGAGGUCUGGAUCAAGACUUUUGCACAGCUCUGUACAUGUAAACACAAAAACCACAGGCUGCAGUAGAAAAGAUGCUUUAUGUAGUUUUCUGUCAUGUUUCAAAAGCUUUGAGAGAAACUGGUCUCUGCGUUUCCAGGUCAGCCUCAGACAUCCAGAUCGACAUUUAACGAUUCAGCAGGAUGGAGACGCGGAGGGAUGGAAAAGCGAAUCAUCGAUCGCUCGUGUUCCAGUCAGCUGUUGUUAUGUAAACACUUUUAGUUCAGCAGUGAGUUAAUCCACCUAAACAGUUUUAGAGGCUGAUGGCCUUUUGUGUUUUGGUGUUUUUAUAUGGAAACUAUUUUUCUACUUGAUGCAGAAGAUUUCAGUUUGAAAGACUGAAAAAUUUAAAUGGAAUUUUUAAAAAAAGUGAAAAAAUAUGAAUUUCUGAUCAAAUGUUUUGUU